CUCUAUCAGGUAUUUCGCCCGCCAUCAUAGAAAUGACGUAACGGUCGGUGACAUUUCUCUUAUCUCUCGUUCUGUGCACCGUGCAAUGCGUCACGAAGCACAAACUCCGCCAUUUUGGUUAUUGACUGGUGUCUUGUGGUGUUUCUUGAUUCUUUUAGCUGUGGUGCAUGGUUUGGCGCAAAUUUGUGGAGUUCUAUGAGACCCGAGACCAUAGGACGUAUGGAGAUUUAAAAUUUUGAAGACAGGAAUUCAAAUUAGCUAGAUGGACAUGGAAACAAUUUUAAAAUGUAGGACUUGUUUGACGCAAGGAACGCAAGCUGAAAUUUCCACCAGAGUCAGCGAUCUCGUCAGCUGCUACGAUGAAACUUAUAAGGAUCUUAUUAUACAUCUUGUACCGCCGAUGGAAUCUUCCUUGACUGAUGAUGACUUGAUUUGCUUUACAUGCAAAAAAGUAUUGAAAACAACGAAAAAAUUCAUAAACCACUGUUUAACUGUGGAGGAAAAAUUGGUAGAUGAGUUUGAAGGUGAAUUGACUCAUAAUGAUGAGGCAGAAACCCCUUUUAUAGUUCCGGUGGAAAGCUUGGAAAACGUCGAUCUUGAAAAUCCAGCCGAGAUUGUGGAAAAUAUAGAAAUUGUUGUGGAGGAUGAUGCAAACGAAAAGCAAAGCGAAAACGAGAAUGUAACAACCCACACAGUGAUGGAUGGAGAUGCUAACACAUCUAUGAUAGAUCAUUCAUACAUUAAAACAGAAGCAGAUGAUGCAGAAGGCACUGAGAAUGGAGAAGUGCUCUUCCAGCAGGAUGAAUAUGACAGUAACACUAUGCCUGAAGAACCCGAUGCGAUGGAUACCACUUCAGAAUUGAAUUCUGAUGAUGGCCGCCGAUACGUUUUGGUUCAACAGGAGGAAAAUGCGCAAGAUGGGAUGAAGGAGGACGAGAUAAGUUUAGAGCAGCUAGAGGAAUUUGCUGAGGGUUCGACAGGUGAAGUGUCCAAUGAUGGCCAAGUGGUGAUCAAGCAGGAACAGCAGGCUUUCACGGAGGAUGAUAGCUCGCAAGAACAGAGCCUAAUGGAAGCUACGCCAUUCCAAAAGCAACUACCCAAAGGUGCGGGCAUAUGUGACAUAUGCGGCAAGGAAUUCAGCACAGUACAACAGCUGAACAAGCAUCUUGCCUCUCAUGAAGACAAACGUGUGCAAUGUCCCACCUGCCCGAAAAUAUUCAGAUCAGAAUUGUACCUAAACAGGCACAUCAACCUGGUGCAUAAAGUUGACGACCUCGGAUUGAGAUACUUGUGUAUGGCAUGUAACAAACUUUUCAAGAAUAAGGGGGCGCUCAACGCACAUUAUAGGUUGAAGCAUUUAAAAUUGGAGCCUUUCAAGUGUAAAGAAUGUGGUGAGACUUUCGGCAGGGCAGAUUAUUUGAAAAAGCACGAGCAACAACACAGGCAAAUUGAAGAAGGGAGAAAAGCAAACAACAGCAAAGUACCUGGAAAGUUUUUGAGAUUUAAGAAUACAGAUGAGCCCCUGCCCUGCAAAAUCUGUGGUAAAUUCUACAAUGGUAUUCACAAAUUGAAAGUGCAUUUGCAAACUCAUGUCGUUGUGAAAAGAUAUGCUUGCGAUUACUGCGAUCUGACAUACAAGAGGUGGCCAAGCCUCAAAAGGCACGAGAAGACUCAUCUUGAAUCUGACGGAAUGUUUUUCAGAUGCAAUGUAUGCUGGAAACGAAUGCCCUCCCAAGAGGAAUUGCAAGUACACAUGACGCAGCAUGGCAAUCCUAGGUACCGCUGUCACGUGUGCAACCAGCAAUUCCAUAGAAAGUAUCUGUUUGAUAACCACUACCUACUAGAGCAUGCAACUCCAGAGGAUCUGGAAAUCUCCAAGAAAGAAAUUAUCUAUGACACCCUUUUAGAACUGGCAAAUCAAAACCAAGAAUACGCUGUGCCAGAAAGCUCAGAACAGGAACAAGAUGUAGAGUAAGUAGUGUAUUGUUUGACCAGUCGAUUAUUUUUGUAAAUUCUUUAACAAAUGAAAUUCAUGAAUAAUAAAGAUUUUCUAUUUAUCUG